AUGCAGGGUUGGCGGCCAACGCAUGCAGAGGGUGCACAAGCGUCCAUCGGCUCGCCCGAACGCCUCGCCAUCCCCACUGAAAUCUGCAAAGGUGGCAACGUCCGCGCCACUGUCACGGCCACUGCCACUGCCACUGCCACACUGGCUCGCUUGCCCGGUGCGCCCGGCACUUCUCGGCUUGACCUCUGCCCGCCUCCCAACGUCGGCCGGCCGGCGAAAGGCGAAUUUGCUCGCCGCCCUCCUUGGCCUCGCUUCAAUUCGCCCUCAAUUCGCGCGCCAGUUCAGCCCAGCCUCUCUAAUACCCGUUUGCCGAUCAUGGCUGCCUUCAACUCUGCUCUGCGCUCCGGCGCUAUCCGCAGCCUUUCGGCUCGCGUCGCUCAGCCCUCGAUGCUCUCUCGAGCCGCUCGUGCUCCUGCUGCUUCCGCCAUGAAGACCUUCUCCGUCUGGGCGCCCGCCCGCAUGGGCCCCACCAGCGCCAACGCUGCUGACGGUGUCCAGGCCAACCCCGGCCCGCCCCCGCCCGUCGAGAACAUUGGUGUGGACGCCGUGCUGCGCCAGAACCCCAACUCGCCCGACAACCACACCACCACCAUCUUCCAGGAGUUCUCGCUCGAGGGCAAGACCGCCGUCAUCACCGGUGGUAACGGCGGUCUGGGUCUCGAGAUGGCGCUCGCCUACGUCGAGGCCGGUGCGCACGUUUACGCCAUCGACCUGCCCAAGGAGCCCUCGGAGGAGUUCAAGAUUGUCGCAGACCACUGCCGCAUCAUGGGCAAGCACCUCAAGUACGUCUCGGCCACCGUCACCGACCACGACGACAUCAACGCCUGCAUGGACUUUGUCAUGAAGGACUCGGGCACCGACUCGCUCGACGUCUGCGUCGCUGCCGCCGGUAUCCUUCAGACCUACGAUGCGCUCUCGUACCCCGCCGACGAGUUCCGCAAGGUCUUCGAGGUCAACACCACCGGUGUCUUCCUCACCGCCCAGGCCGCCGCGCGCAAGAUGCACGAGCAGAAGCACGUUUCGGGCUCCAUCAUCCUCAUCGCCUCGAUGUCCGGCUCGAUCGUCAACCGCGACCACCACUGGGUCGCCUACAACGCCUCCAAGUCGGCCGUGCUUCAGAUGGGCCGUAACCUCGCCGCCGAGUGGGGUCCCAAGGACAUCCGCGUCAACUGCAUCUCGCCCGGUCACAUUCGCACCCGCAUGACUGCCGCCUACCUCGACACCAACCCCCACCUGCUCACCAAGUGGUCCAGCUCCAACCCUCUUGGCCGCCUCGGCCGCGCCCACGAGAUCCGUGGUGUUGCCGUCUGGCUCGCCUCGAGCGCCUCGUCGUUCUGCAACGGCUCGGACAUUAUCGUCUCGGGUGGCCACAACAUUUGGUAA